ACAAGCGUUGUCAUCUGUGAACUUUGUAAAUAUGUCGAGAUUAAUCAGAAACUUGUUGAGGUGAGCGAUGUGUGAGCGCGUCGCUGUGGUGACAGUUCACUCUACAAACACACCUCCAAACGGAAAGAGAUUAGACUUCAAAACCACAAACCUCCCUAUUUUUUUCCUCUGUACCAGAAUCAUGUGUGAAAAGCCAGCCUGGGACACGUCUUCCUUCCUGCAGUACAGCCAAAUGCAAGAUGUCUCCCGGGCGUGGGAUAGCCUCAUGGAAGCUAAAAAUGUAUUACAGGAGAUAGAAAAUAAAGUUGAUCUCCAAAAUAGGCGCCACACUCAGGCACGGAAAAUUUGCAGAAGGCUAGAGAUGGACAGAGGUUUAUAUUCUGAUACACAAUCUGAAGAAAUCAGCAAUCCUGUAGAUCACGAACAGGAGGAGGAGAUUCCGAGCAUAUCAGAGCAGCCAUUAACAUUAUAUAGAAAAGAACCAGAUGGACACAGUGGCAAGCUAAUGUCCACCUUGAAUCCCCCGCUUGUUUCAUCCAAUAGAAAUUCAUUGAUGCAGUCUCUAGACCAAGCUGAACCCUAUUUAGCUGGUCAUUACCUACAUGGAAGUACAAAAAAAUACCACUUGAGCACUUAUCCCCAGGACACAUUAGAAAUGCAAACCUUUGACAAUAUCAGUGGUAGCAAAACCACAGAUGAAAGAUAUUUUGCAGAUGAAUGUGUGGAUGAAGUUCUGGUGACUGCUGACUCAUAUCUUCAAGUUCCAAAUUCAGACGAUGCAGUGCAAGUGAUGAACCCUUACUUAAUGACCAGUCCUUUUUCUGUUCAGCAUGUUCAAGAUGAAAUUUCACAUUACUCUUCCCUAGUUGCCUUUACACCUCUACUCUCUCCAAAAAAUGACCUUUACAAUGAAAAGCUAGAGACCUUAAAAAGUGGAUCUCCUAGCAGCAAACUGGAGAAGCUAAAGGAAAGGAUUAGAGAGCAAAAAAGGCGCCAAGAAGCAGUGAAGAAGAACUUAAAAUCUCGCCAAAACCCAGAGCUGGCUCGCAAAGUAAUGAACAUGCAGAAAAUUCGCAAGGUGACAUUCGGGCCACCACCGCCUGUUUACAAAGGGUUCAGUGCUUUCAACCAAGAAAUGUAUCCUGAUGAGUCUGCUGUCACUGGAAAAAAGGAAAAUGUGAAGAAAAUAGACCACAAGGCUCAAAGAACAGACCAUUUACAAGCACUCAAGUGUGCCAAAGGAAAGGCGAACUGUCCAGUUUCUCAGAAGUUAUCCUUUAAAUCUGCUUCACCAGAGAGGAAGGAGAAAAGUUCAGGUGAUGACCUCUAUGGAGCAUCUGCCUGGAGGGAAGGACAGAAGCUUGUCCAGAAGAUUCUAGGACCUUCACCCAUCAGUUUACGGAAACGCAGAGUGUGUGAGCACCAAGAAUUUCUUCAACGUGAAAAUUGUAGAAGAAGAUGCCAAAGAUUUAGAUGUCAAGACAGUUUAAAGGAAGAACACCUUCAGGACAGACGGGACAGUAACCAAAACACAUAUAUGCUUCAAGUCCUGAGGGAUAUCCAAGCUGGUAAAGAAGGAUUGAUGACUCCAUGUAGCAGUUUAAGAGAAGGCUUUGAGAGGUUGACAAAUAAAAGUGUGUCCAGGAAUGUUUCUCCAAGAAGACUUCGAUCUAGAACAGGCAGCCAUGAUAAUAAGGAGUUUGGAAAAGAGAAUAUCCAAGAUGGCAAAAGUGGGCGUUCCAAUAGCACCAAAGCUCACAGUUACAGUGUGCACGAAGUUCGCCACUACAUGAAGAAGAAGAUUAUAGAAAGACAAAAAGCAGAGAAGGAAAACCAGAGGAAGGUUCAGAAAGCUCAGCAAAUAAAAAGGGAACAAUUAAAUAACAUCCUGAGAAAGCAAAAAGAAGCUUUCCCACCAAAACAAGAAUUUGCCAAGAACGCUGCUUACAAGAAUAACAUCAAUACAAGAACUUGUGUAACAUCAGAAGUGGAUAAGAUUAGAAGAGACCUGUCUGAGUGGUUACAUGCAACCUCUUCUGACUUGCUUAAAGAAGACCAUGGAGGCAGUGAAAAAACAAGGAAGCAGUUCACUAAAGAGCCCUUUCACAAUGGCUGUACAAGUCCCCUUCAGCUUCAAGACUUGAGUGCUACUCCCACUAUCCACUGCCAAGACCUUCAAGAUUAUGUCUACUCCAAGGAACGUCUCAAUCCUGAUAACUGUUCUGAUGAACAAUCCCCAUACAGAGACAGUCAGGAGCGUGUGCAAGCAAUAUGGGCAGCAGCAAAGGAUCUGGGGAAAAGGGUAGAAAUUGAAAUGAACAGAUUUGGUGCCAUUCAGCUUAACAGCAAUGUGACGUCGACUUGUUCUAAUACCUCACCACCCCGAGAAAGGUCAACAAUAAGUAGAACAGCCGAACAAACUGAGGCCGAUAAACUGUUUAGAACAAAGAGAUCAAAGUUUAUAGAAAAUAAAGACUGUGUCCUCCCUAUAAAAUCUUCCAACAUAGGAUCAGCACAGAUAUCUAAUUCUGCCAAGCAGAAUGGAAAGAUGCAGAAAGAUCAAGGUCUCAUGAUGGAGAAGAUAGCACAACCUAUAAAGAGCCAACCAAAAUUCAAGACCAAGAAGGCACAGAAAAGUUCCAUAACAUACAAAACUGCUAAUAAAAGUUCACAGAAAAGACCGGAAUCACAUAGCCCGAAAAUCACGCCGGGAAAAACAGGCGGAACAAAAACGAGAUCGCCGACAUAUCAUGCGGCAGACAAGAAGGGGAAGAGUGCCAUGUUGAAUUAUGGAGAAUUACAACCAGAAGGCGGUGACCUGCGUAAGACUCGGAUGGAAAUUAGAGACAGGAUAAAGGCCCAGUUAGAGCAGCAAGAGAAGGACCUGGCUGUGCUAAAGCUGAAAUCAGAGAUGGAGGCCAGAGAAGCAGAGAGGUGUAUGCAAGAAAUGCUGAUACAGGAUAACUUGCAGGAUCUACCAGUUAAACUGAGGUCUAAGAAAAUGCAUCCAAGGGACAACGAACACGAGAAAUGUUAUAAUCCCUCAAUGAUAAGUAAGUCAGGAGGUUCAGCACACAGGUCUGAAUAUGCCCUGGAGGGUUAUUUGGAUUCGGCAUCUAAUACACCAGCUGCACCUGUGACACAUAAUACCAUGAAAACAUCUGAUAAGCUGAAUGUUUUACCCGAUGAGAAUAACAUUUUGGAGCACUCUUGGGAUCACACUGACUCAGCCACAGACUCUACAAGCAAGUGGAGCGAAGUGAGACAGUUUUACGGUUCUAACAUGUUCAGCCGCUUUACCAUGGAAAUGGCACAACAGUAUCUUCGGGAGGAGGAACUGCGGGCCAGACACCAGACAGCGCUUCUCAAGCUCCGUGAAAACGCCCUCAAAGAAAAGACAAAAGCAGAACUAGCACUGCUCAAGCAUCAGAGGAUGUGCUGGGAGAUGAAGAACGAACAUGAUAAAGUGAAAGAAAUCUUGAGACAAGAGGAAGACAUCCAGAAAAAGCUGAAACAGGAGCAGGCAGAAAUUCAUCACUUGUACAACAUCUACAAGGCAGCACACCAGGAGAGGAAGCUACUGCUAAAGCAGCAGAAGGAGGUAUUGCAUAUACAGCAGUCAGCAGUUGAUAUUCAACAGAAGUUGCAAUGUUCAGGGAUUCAGGUUUCAGAACAGGGAAAUCUUUGGAUCCCCAGGAAUCAAACAGUGGAAAGUACUCUGCACAAUCCCACCCUGUCUAGAGAGCAUUUGCAUCAAGACACUGAGUCUGCCAUUUCUGAUCUGUCUGUAGAUGAUCAUAUUAUGGAGGAUCCACAAGCAGAAGAUACAGAGCAGCUACAAAAUGCUAAAGGCAACCCAACAGCAGAUGGUCUGGACAACCACCAAUCUAUUCCUGUACUUCCAAAAGACAAUCAGACCAAGUCUACACAAGAACAGCAGAUGAUAUAUAGUCUUCCAACAAAACAAGAUAGAGGAGAUGAGCGCAAUCCUUUAUCAGCAAAGAGCAAGCCAGUGACGGGAUCACUCCAGAGCCCUCUUACUAAUCUGUGUCAGGAGUUUCUGAUGUCGAGGGAGGAUCUUGACAAUCACUCACAGGAAAAGCUGAAAUCUUCUAAAGAAGAUAACCUGGCCUUAUGUGUCGGUAUAAAAGAAACUCACAUUGUUCCUGAAAAGGAAAAAAGAGAAAAUAUGGAUUUUCAAGGUCACAAGAUGAUGAAAAAAUCUGAAAAAACUGACACCUUGGAAAAGCAACAGAAUCUCAAUGUGUUAACUGCAGACAAAGGGACCACAGAAGAUACUAAAUUGGCGUCUGAAAUUGGGAAUGACAGGAUACUGAAACCUUUAGAAUCAAAUGUUCCAUUUCAGGUGCAGGAAACUGGCACUCUUCUAUCCUCUUUUGCAGAAUUUCAUAAAGUUUCUGCUAAACUCAUUACCAUCUCAGAAAGUUCUGUCUCUGUAUCAGAUCAGGGGCAGGAUGAUCAGGACACAGAGAGUGGCGAUUCAGAUGUGUUUGACAUGGAAUGUACUGGUAUUCCAACUGAAGGAAGGUACAAUUUUGAUGAAGAGUCGGUCUCUCAGCCAUUUGACCCAAAUCUUGGACAAAGUGACAAAAAUAAUAUAAUUAGAUCUGCUUUUCACAAUGGUAAAUCUGUAGAAGAAUCUUCUAACCCUUCCACUUCUCAAAAAGUAUCCCUGAAUUCCAGAACUGGGGUAACUUUGGUUAUGGAAGAGACAAAAACCCAAAAAGCACCCUUGGCAUCUGAAUCUUUUCCAACCUCUGAAGAUGUGACAGAGUCAGAUUCUAAAACAUACAGCAUAGAACAUUUACUUGAAAAUCAGGAUGACACCAGAGUCAAAGUUACAGACCUACAGAAAUCGACAUCAAUGAGUCCAGAAAACAUCAGUAAUGUGGCAGGGAUGAGUUUAUCUGACACUAAAGACUGUACAAGAAUGACGGAAACCAAUGUGAAACAAUCUUUUACAGAAAAUGUAAUCUCGGGGAAAAUUGAGACAGCGCCAUUUUAUGCUACAACCUCAAAAGAUUUAUUUCAGAUUAAAAGCUUUCCACAUCCUAGUGAAGGAGAAGUGAUAUUUAUCACAGAUGAAGUCCUACUGCCUAUUGAAGACACCUUGUCAGAAAUCUUUUCUCCAAUUGAUGAAAAGCUUUCCUACGGAAGUGAAGACUUGUACUCUGCAAAACAGGAUCAGAGCGAAGAGCUGCCUCCUCUGCCUAGAGACACAGAUUCAAUUAAAAGUGAUGAUAUUGACUCAGAGGACUUCCCUACUCCACCAGAAGAAAUAGUCUUCUCUGGAACAGAAAGUUUGCACAGUAGUCCAGAAGCUAGCCUAAUUGAAGAAAUCAAUUUACUAUAUGAUAAUUUAUUAAUGGAAGAUGCUCUUGUUCCAACAUCUGAAUCAGCUUAUAAAUUGCCCAAUGAUGGAUACUUUGAAGCCCCACCUGCAGAGCCUGAAGAACAAAGGAAUUUACACAAUGUUGUGGGGCAUCGUACACCAUUCUUAACUUUAUCAAAGGCAGAAGAGGAUAUGCAUGAUCCUUUGUUCAACUUUGAGAUUGGCGAUAGGGUAUUGGUAAAACUUUCCAAGCCGGGUACACUGAAUUAUAAAGGGUCAAUGGCCUUUAGGGAUGGCUAUUGGGCGGGAGUAGUUCUGGACAAGGCUGAAGGAGACAAUGAUGGAACUUUUGAAGGAAUAAGGUAUUUUGAUUGUCCUGUGCAGUGCGGUGUUUUCGUAAGACCUGGGCAAAUCUCACAUCUACUGUUUGAUGAUCAAACAGAUUUAGGCACUCCCACAGAUGACAAUAAUGCAUCUGGUGAGGGUCCAUCUCCCAGAAAUGUCAGACCUCAGGAUCAAGCAGGUUCAAAUACAAUGCAGAAAGGACAAAAUAAGGAUGAUAAAAAAGAACAAACAUCAGAAAAACACAUAAACCAAACUAGGUCAUGUUGUUUAAAACCAUCAGAGGCAAGCAUUGAUAAAAAUAUUACUGAUACCUGUGGUAUAUACUCAAAUGGUGUGAAAAUAAAGCCUUCGAAUGCAGACUGGGACCCUGGACAGGGUUUGCAAAUAGGUCUCUUUUGUGCAAUUGACACUGACAAAAAAAUACUGCCAUGCCUUCUUCAAGAAAAACAAGAAAUAUUGGUUCUAAAGGUUACAGACAAUAUUUUCAAUCGAGUUUUGUCAGAUGUACUUAAAAAAUUUGCUAAAGACUCCCAGCAAAAAUUCAACACAGGCAAUGUAAAGCAGCUUAGAAAAAACACAGAGGAAAACAGUAAAAAAUAUGCUUUGGUUCAAACCAAAACUCAUGACAUGCUGCAAUCACGUACUACAAAUGGGAGAGAGUCAGGUGGAUGUGUGGAAAACAAAGCUCAAAAAAAAGUAAUGGAGUUUAUAAAAGAAUGCAUAGAAAAAUAUAACAAAAUAAUAAAGAAGAAAGGAAAGAAACAUUCUUGUCCUAUGGAUGACUCAAUACCUUUACAGGGUUCUGAGAUUCGCAAGGACAUUGAAAAUGCAAUUUCAAAAAUGAAAAAAGAAAAAAUCACCGUUUUCUCUACCAUUGCAGACAGGACCUUUGAAGAUAUUCUCACACAUUCCUUAAAACUGAUGGAGAAUAUUGGGCAACAUAAAUGUUGUUAAUUUGUCCUAGGCUUCAACAUCCUAAGAGCUACAAGAAAACUGACUCCUGGGAGGGAAAUAGCAUCCUACACUUCAGCUAUAAACCAGAACAGUCUUACAGGAUGACAUUGACUGCUGGGAAAAUUACAUUUUGUGAUGUUAGUGACCUCAAUGACAACUGGAAUUUUUACUCAUGCACUUUGUUUGUUUGCACUAUAAUUUAAUUUAUAACAGUCUGUUUGUUCUUGGACUAAUCAGUUACUAUAAAAGCACAAUUAAGCUUGCUAGUGUGGCAAAGAUUAAGAAAAUAAUUUUAUCAAUUAAUAGUU